CAGCUCCAUUUGCCAAUAUAUUAAACAAACAAAUGCAACUUUUACUUGAUCUUCUUCUUCACCAAUAUUUCUUCUCCUUCAAUUAAUUCUUCACCAUGGAUCGUGUCAGCCAUAGGGGUUCACGCUUUCUUCUCCGUGAGUCUCCGCUAUUAGAGUUCGAGUUUCAAUCCAUCAUGGAUCCUGUCAUCAAUUGGUUUGUGUCCCUGAUAAGUUGCUUAGGGACAAAGAUUAAUCCAAUACUUGAAAAAAUCACAGGGCAUCAAUUUAACGUUAAGACUGAAUCAUGUGAUGAAAUUUCAAUGGGUGGAGGAUGGUUGUUGUAUGUUGCUAUUGCUGUUGGUGUGGCACUAGCAGCUAUUGCUGUUGUUUGGUUGCUUUGGAAGCUAAUUUCUGGAGUUGUUUGGUUGCUUUGGAAGCUGAUUUCUGGUGUUGUUUUGUGGCUUGGGAAAGUGAUUAGGAAGAUUUUCUGCUGUUGUUGUAAAAGAGGGAGGACAAUGAAGGCUCCAGGGAGGAACAUUCGCAUUUACAGAAAUGUCUUUGAACGUAGCCCUAGAAACUACUUUCGUAUUUUGCGCAGUGAUCAGCGUAUGCUAUUGGUUUGAAAUCUCAAACGUGUUAAUCCACGUCAAAUUAGAAACAACUCAUAGCUUCUGCAUCCACAUUGUCAUGAAAAAAUGAAUGGCCGGGUACAAAUUAAAGCUUUCUUAUGUUUGUGUAUAUGGUGAUGUUUCACGUGAUGUGGUUUGAAGACGUGGUUUCAAAUAUCAAGGAGGUCUAGAGCUGUUUUCUUUUCAAUUAUUAUAAACUGUUUGGUAUUUCGAUCAAUAAUGAAAAAAAAAAAAAGACGUGGUUUUAAUAUCCAAAUAUGUUGUUGUUUGUGUUGCACUAUGUCUAUGGAUGAGAUUGAAGUGUAGUUUGAUUAAGAAUAUAACAGUCUAUUUUGUAUUUGAUGAGAUUGAAGUGUAUGCAGCUCGGUUAUGAAUUUAAUUUA